CUUAGACUUGUUACACCGCUAUCAAUCAUCUAUCAAUCAUUGAUAUACCGAAUUUUUAUAUUAUAAGUAUUGCUGUAAGAUGGCCAGAGUUCAGUAGACAACAUACAGCUCCGGCUGUAUGAGUCUUCAUUCGUUCGUUUCUAUCACUCACGAAUGAUACUGAAAUAUCAAAAUGGCUUGGAAGUCAACUGCUCCAUGGAAAGGGCCCCAGCAGCUCACCACCAAAACCAACAAUGACUCAAACUACCCCGGACUGAAGUCCGCCAGCCCGGACGUAGGCCAUAAGACGCCGUAUACUGACGUUCAAAAUGAAGAAAUCAUGGUUCUCCAGGCCAUCUAUGGCGACGACUAUAUCGAGCACAAAGCUGCUCAUAGUGCGUGGAUGAAGUCCGAGCCGUCCUUUGACAUUCGUGUUAGGGCUUUGUCUGACGAAGAAGUGGCUGUUACUCUAAGUGUUGUGCUUACAGCUACGUAUCCGAAGUCAGUGCCAUUGCUUAGUCUUAAGGAUGAGGGAAGUCUAAAAGAGUCUACUGUGUUUAAGCUGCAAAAAUUCAUCGAGACGAAGCCCAAGUCCUUAAUUACACUUGAACAGCCAGAACCUAUGAUACAUGAGUUAGCACAAGGCCUCCAAGAUAUCCUCGAAGAUGCUGCUCAGGCCAAGGCUCAAGGACUGGAAUUGCCCUCAUUAGAGGAAGAGAGAGCAGCUCAUGAGGCCGAAUUAGCAAGGCAAGCUCGAGAGCAGCAGGAAGAGGAGGAUCGUAAAAGACAAGACGCAAUGAAAGAAGAAGAAAGAGUGAUGCAAGAUAUGAUACAGAAGGAGGUAGACCGGCAACGAACGAAAAUCAAGGAAUCUAAAAAGAGAAACAAAACUCUAACUGCUUCAAGUCACACCCAAGAUUCCCGUAUCCUGGAAGCCGGUAAAGUUGAGUUCGACCAGACAUGCGAGGCUACCGAUGCUGCUGGUAAUGUUUUUCUUUUCAACAUCGUCACUGGAAGAAGCGAGUUUAGAAAGGGGCAAGUAGCAACCACGUAUCUCGUCUGGCCAGAGAUUUCUGGCGAACGAAACGGACCAAGUUUGGCUCUUAAAGAAUUCGAAUUACGAUCGACUUCUAAGGAAUCCUCUCAAUUCAAGAAGCAGUUACAAGUUCUCGAAGGGGAGUUAGAGUCGGCCAAGAAGUUAUCACAUCGCAACGUUCUUGAGCUCUUGAAUUUCCGGAUCGACCGAGACCACGGAAAGACCGAGUCGGUGUCAAUGACUUGGACCGCUCGACUUUUAACUCCGCUAGCAGAUAAGGGUCCACUUGGUGAGCUGUUAGAUCUUGCAGGAAGACUUGAUGUUGGAAAGGUUCGUUCGUGGACUGCAGACCUUCUCGACGCUUUGGGCUAUUUGCACAGUCAUGGAAUUACCCACCAAGACAUCCAUCCCGGUAACAUACUCCUAUUUAGAGAGCCAACUGGUGAUGUCAUUCCAAAGCUUUCAGAUGCGGCAUAUCAGAGAGAAAUGCACAAUCUCUCCCAUAGGUCUCAAAAGAAUUCGUCGGCAAAUGCAGCAAGGUCUACUUACUGGUUGCCGCCAGAGGUCGCUGGGAGCUCACGACCGCAAUUUACCCAAAAAACUGAUAUCUGGGACCUAGGCGUCGUUUUCUUACAAAUGAUAUUUGGCCUAGAUGUAUUUCAGAAAUAUCAGUCUCCAGCUGCUCUAAUGGAAUCGCUCUCUCUAUCUAGAUCAUUGCACGAAUUAGUGGCUAGAUUUUUCAAACUUGAUCCUAAGAAGCGUCCUCGUGCAUUUGAGUUGAGCUCCAGUGAGUUUUUAGCAACUGAUGCCCCUAUCAUUAUCGACGAUACCUCUGCUGUUUUCUCCCCUUCGCAGUCUCUUGGCUCGUUGACACAGGCCUUGCCUACACGAUUAAGGCGUGACUCCUCUGUUCGCGGGGCGGCCUUUUCAAGGUAUAAGGAAGACUUUGUUGAAGAAGCACGGCUAGGUAAGGGAGGGUUUGGUGAAGUUGUUAAGGCGCGGAAAAAGCUCGAUGGCCAAAUUUAUGCCAUAAAGAAGAUUACCCAACGUUCCCAGUCAAGCCUUACUGAGAUAUUGAAAGAGGUUAGGCUACUUUCUCAGCUAAGUCACCCAGCAGUCGUGAGAUACUAUAACACUUGGUUGGAAGAAAUACCCGACGUGCCGGAUUCUGAAGGAGAUACAUCAACUGAAGAUGCCAACACUGAUUCUAAGGGUACCGCUUCUCAAGGCAUUGAUAUCCAAUUCGCCACUAGUACUGGUGGUUUGGACUUCAUAUCUUCGAGUCAUCCCAAUAUAGAAUUUGGCUACGAUGACUCAGAAGUCGAGGACGAUGAAGAAACAGAGGAAGACGAAGAUGAUGACGACGAGUCAGAUGUGGACUCCGAAAUACAUGAUUCCAUGCCUUCGCCUACAAGAAUUAAGAGUAGCCAAAGACAUUACAAGAUUGUAAUGUAUAUAUCCAUGGAGUAUUGUGAUAAAAGGACGCUCCGGGAUCUUAUCCAGAGGAACCUCUGGAAGGAAGCCGAGGAGGUCUGGCGAUUGUUUCGCCAGAUUUUGGAGGGUUUAGUUCAUAUCCACGGCCUGAAUAUAGUUCAUCGUGAUCUUAAACCAGAAAACGUCUUCAUAGGCCUUGGUCCUGACGGGGUCAAUAAUGUUAAAAUUGGCGACUUUGGGUUGGCUACCGCCGGUAAUUUUGCUGUCGAUAAAUCAGCCGCUGGUAGCUUGGAUACAGGCGAUUUAACAAGAAGCAUUGGAACAUCCUAUUAUGUUGCCCCUGAAGUCCGAAGGACGGGCGGGGGUUCGUACACCUCAAAAGUUGACAUGUAUUCUCUUGGGAUCAUAUUCUUCGAAAUGUGUUAUCAUCCGAUCCUGGGUAUGGAGAGAGCGGACAAGUUAGGAAAACUAGGAACCUCUUCUCUUCUUCCCGACGAUUUUCAGCCAGGUGAUAAAGUAAAAUCAGAUAUUGUACUAUCUCUGGUCACGCACGACGUGAAAGAGCGUCCGAGUAGCCUUGAGUUGCUACGAAGUGGGAAGUUGCCUAUCCAAAUGGAGAAUGAGACGACACGGAGGGCGCUUGCGAGUCUUACCAGUUCUGCUUCUCCUUAUUAUCCAAAAGUCGUUUCGGCUCUAUUUUCGGCACCCCUAGAGCCUACGAAAGAUUACGCGUGGGAUAUGACGACACCUAAUCCUACGGCGGCGGAGUUACUACAUCAAAGUGCGGUUAAGGAAGAAUUGGUAUCGGUGUUCCGCCGUCAUGGCGCAGUCGAAACACCUCGCAGUUCGCUCUAUCCCCGCUCUCCGCAUUACUCUCCGAAUCAGGAUAUCGUUCAACUAUUGGAUCAGAACGGCACGGUAGUCCAGCUGCCAUUCGACCUGAUGCUUGGAAAUGCUAGAGCAUUGGCCAAACAUACCAAUAUCUCGAAAGUUCGGAAAUCUUUCACCUUCGGUAAUGUUUACCGGGAUAGACGGAACGGCGGACAGCCUCUCAUGGUUGGCGAAGUUGAUUUUGACAUUGUCUCUACAGACACUUUAGAUCUGGCUUUGAAGGAAGCCGAGGUUAUCAAAGUGCUAGACGAGAUCAUAAACGCGUUCCCCUCGACAUCACCAAUGUGCUUCCAUCUCGGCCAUUCUGACUUACUACAGCUUAUAUUUGACUUUUGUAACGUGGAUUUGACCGCAAGGCAACUGGCGGCUGAAUCUCUCAGUAAGCUGAACAUCCACUCUUACACCUUUCAAAAGAUUCGGGCGGAGCUUCGUUCACCUAUGAUUGGAAUAUCUGUAACUAGUAUUGAAGAUCUCCGACGAUUUGAUUUCCGAGAUACCCCAGCGAAAGCGUUCGCUAAGCUCAAGGCAAUCUUCGAAGGAAGUCGGAUGUAUGAGAAAUUACAACCGACCCUUGCCCAUUUGAAAGAUGUAGUCGAGUAUACGAAACGCCUCGGCGUCCAUGCGAAAAUUUACAUCAACCCCCUAAGCAGCAUUAAAGAGAACUUCUUCUCGGGCGGAAUGCUAUUCCAGUGCCUAUAUGAUAAAAAGUUCAAAGAUGUAUUUGCCGCUGGCGGUCGUUAUGAUAGUUUAAUCAAAGCACAUCGGCCAAAGAUAGGCGAAGGGCCACACGCAGUUGGUUUCAGCUUGGCAUGGGAAAAGCUAGCACGGCUACCGAAAUCCGGUGGGAAAUUCUUAAAGAAGCCCGAGGAAGAAACAUCAGGAAUCUUUAACACUAAGAGAUGCGAUGUACUGGUAGCCAGUUUUGACGCCCAAACUCUCCGUACGGCGGGCAUCGAAAUCCUCUCGAUGCUGUGGUCUCACGACAUCAGCGCCGAGCUAGCCCGGGAUUCCCGGUCCCCGGAAGAACUCACGUCGAGGAAUCGCGAUGAGACGUAUUCAUGGAUUGUCAUUAUAAAGCAGGACAAUGUACUAAAAGUCAGGACAAUGGAUCGCAAGGACGUCCCCGACGCCGAGAUCUCAACAUCCCAACUCCUCCCCUGGCUACGCGCCGCGCAACGCGAGCGCGGAACCACAAAGCAAUCCGACGCCACCGGCAGCACAGCCCCCGUCGCCCAAAGCGGCACCGUGUCCGCGAACCCGAACCAGGAAGUCAGCGUGCUAGUCGCCGGCACCAAGUCCAAGAAAUUCAACCGCCUGGUAGUAAUCGAGCAAGCGCAGGCCAACGCCGCCGGCCUACUGCAGACAUUCCUCGAGGGCCCGAUCGCAGCCGUCGAGACGUCGGACGUGAUCCUGGACCUGAUACAGGAGACGUCGCUGUCGGAAGCCGAGAGCUGGCGUAGGGCCGAGCAGUCCGUCGAGAAGAACGAGCGCAGGUAUCUCCGCGAGAUCCACGAGAUGCUGCUGGCGUGGCGCGCCGAGUGGGAGAACACGGAUGGGGCUAGUCGUCAUGCGUUUGUGUAUAAUUUUAGGACGACUAAGUGUAUUUACUACGAUCUUGGGGCGUGAAUGUGGUGGUGGUGGUGUUGUGGAUAAGUACCUACCUACCUACCUACCUCUACCUAGGUAUGUAUGGGUGUAUGGAUGAUGCGCCUAGGCAUUAAUGAUAGCACGAUAGGAUGACUAUUAUUUAUAGGGGAGGGGGAGGCUUGGCUACGUGUAGAUACCCUAGGGAAUUGAUUACUUCUGCUCCUUAUAA